UACUUUAUCAAUAUUGUUUAUUAAACACAUCCGUGUUGGCUCAGGAUUCCAUUUUCUGUUGGGAAUGAAAAGUAGAGCAAAGUUCACUUACUGUACAGUGGUUAUGUCAUCCCGUACAACCUCCCCAUCAACCUUUCACCCACUUUCGCUCUCACACAUUGACACGCUGUUGACGGUGCUCGUGGGGAAGAGGAACCCUAGACAAAAUAUUGCAGAGAGUUGGUGACCAUUUCUGAUCUGGAAACAUAGCCUUGUUGCCUGGAGGGAACCAUUCAGAAAUGUGGAUGAAUACAUUUGCACUUCUCGCCCUGCCUGCCCUGCAGAGAAGUACAGCUGCUAGGGCCUGUCAGGCGUUGAGGGCUUGUCGUAGACCGGGGCCGGCUGCAGGUCCACUACCCUCUUGUCUGACUUCAAUGCAGCUUUGUGGGCAGCACACACUAGGGUCUGCCUCCCUCCCUCUGGUUCACCACUCAGUGAGGCAUGUCAGGGCUCUGGAUGAAGAGAGGAUGAUGGAGGUGGAGUGGGAGGAUGGAGGCCAAAGUCUGUACCCAUUCACCUGGCUGAGAGACAACUGCCAGUGUCCACUGUGUACCCUGGAGUCUGCUCAGGCCCGGAAACUGUUGAUGUCUGAGCUUGAUAUCCACACAGGAGUCAACGUUGUGGAGGUCACCAAUGAUUACAAGGUGUCCAUUGUGUGGCCCGACCUGCACACCAGUGUGUUCGACGCAGAGUGGCUGAAGAAACGCUGCUUCUCUGCUGCUGCCAGACAAGCAAUGCAAGAAGAGCUGUUCCUCAACAAGCGUCAUUAUUGGGACUCCAAACUGCGCAUUCCCACGGCCGACUACCAGGAAGUCCUCCAUGACGAUAAGGCCGCGCUGGCCUGGCUCCUGGCCCUGCGACGUGUUGGCAUCGUCUACCUGAAGGGCGCUCCGGGAGAGCAAGGCCAAGUGGCCAGACUAGCUGAGCGGAUUGGUUAUCUCAGGCUGACAUUCUAUGGGCACACAUGGCAGGUCCAGGACAAAUACAUGGCGAACAAUGUAGCCUACACUUCAGGAAGGCUCAGUCUCCAUUCAGACUACCCUGCACUGCACUUCGCACCAGGAGUGCAGUUUCUGCACUGCAUCAACCAGGCCGAGGUAGGAGGGGAGAGCGAGGUGGUGGACGGCUUCCACAUGGCCGAGCAGCUGCGGCGUGAAGACCCAGAAGCCUUCAGGACACUCAGCUCGCUCCUCGUGGACUUCACAGACACGGGAACGGACUACUGCGACUUCAUGCUGCAGUCCAAGAAAUGCAUCAUCGACGUUGCUGCCGACGGCCGAGUCGAGAGGAUAAACUUCAACAACGCUACCAGAGAUUCGGUGCUGGACCUCCCCGUGCAUCAGGUCCAGCCCUUCUACAGGGCGCUGAAGGCCUACGUGGACAUGAUGGACCGACCAGAGAACGUGGUCACCUACAGAAUGAUGCCAGGCGACAUAGUGACCUUUGAUAACUGGCGUCUGCUGCACGGGCGAAAGGACUACAUCAGUCGGCCCGACAGGAUGCGACACCUCGAGGGCGCCUACCUGGACUGGGAUGAAGUCAUGUCUCGCCUCCGGAUACUCCGCGCCUCGGUCCACGGGAACGUUUAAGCUCCGAUAAGAGACGAACGAGUGGCUUUAAUCAGCCAGUUGAGCUCAAUGUUGCUCUUAAAACGUAGAGGGAAAAGUGCAAAGACAUUGAAGUAUCUGACAAUAAGUCAAGAGCUAAAUCUCUGACGCGGGAGUCGCCAAGCAUCAAAUCUUAAAUGAAAUUUGAAGAAUGACACAAAAGGAGUGAGGAUGCUUCUCUAAGUCAGUUACAUUUAAAUGAUGAAAGCCACUUUCUAAACAUGUAACGUAGUGCAAUACUUCAAUGCCAAGAUUAUGAAAAACACCUUGCUGGCAUAUGUUUAAGGUGUUUUGGAUUCAGUCAUGGGAACUACUGGCCAGUACGUUUUAUAAGCUUACAUUUGUAUUUUUAAGACAAUUCUUCAUGCCCAGUUCUCUGGUUAAAUAUUUAGCAACCUGGCUGCCAGAGAAAAUCCUCAAUUAUCAAUGUAACACACUAUAAUCACGGACUUCUGUUUUUCAUGACAUUUUAACGUCUUGCUCACCACACUGUACACUGUAUAUAGGGAGUAGAGAACGUGGAGGUGAUUUUACACAGAGCCUUUAGGUCUGUGUGAAGGUUAUAUUCUUAGCGCCUGCAACACUACCUCUCCGGUUCAAUCCUGUGCCAAAACAAAGGAUGUGGUGUCCUUAACUUUCCUUCUUCCUGUAAAGUUGCCUUAAGUACAGUAGCUGUAAUGUACUGCAGAACUUUAAAUUUAAAAAGGUCAGUUCAACCAAAUUACAAAGACACGUGCACUGUCUGCUUAACCCUUGUGGCAUCUGGCCAAACAGACAAGUGGGGGUUCUAUCUGCUGAGUUUUUGAGAUACAGUGUGCCGUCUAGCUGAAUACCAGCCUGUUAACUUAGCUAAAAAAGAUUUUCAGACAACAGUAAAGAUACUUUUGAAACUUAUGCUAAUGCCUUAAUGUGCCAUAUACAGGAUGAGCAGCACUUUUUUUUCAUCCCCAGAAGUUUCAGACAAAGGUAUCUAAGCAUGAAAGAUCCCCACUACCAUGGUUAAGGGAUACAAGAGGUUUUGUAAUACAUGUAACCUGAUCCUUCAACUAAGCAUAAACUGUGUUCAUGAGGUUAUUAAAGGGCACAAUGGGCUCAUGUUUCAAUACGGCCAGUUGGGGAUGGAUUUAGUCUGUAUUCUUGCUCACUCACUGCUGUUACUGAAAGAAAUAUUUCUUCAUAGAAAACCCUUCGUUUCAUUUGUAUGUAACCUAAUAAAAGAGAACGUGGAUGUAAUUUUCCAGUCGGUCUGGUCAGGCGUGCACAGACAUGCUGACCAGUGACGAGUAUGAUUGGUUUAUCCUCUGGAUGCUUAAAACUUAACUUUAAUCAACCUCAUUUCCCUCACUCAGCACUGAAAAGCAACCUCCGGUCUGGACAGUUUAAUGGUUGUGCUAGCGUUCAAUCUGGACUCAAACUAUUAAACUUGCAUUUUGUAGAACAAGUUUGUAAUUUUUCUUUCAUAAAAGGACAAUGAACUAGGCUGAACUUUAUUUGCGAUAACUUUUAUUAUAUUGCCAAAGCUGUACAUAUUCUAUACAUUUUCUUUUUUUUUUUUUAAAUGCUGGAAUACUAACUCCUGGCAUCUCUAUUCAUUUAUGCCCUCUCAUUACAGCAGCCGACUAGCACAAUGACAGAGAUGAGUUGUAAUUCUCCAGUUUAAAAAAAAGAAGUCUUUUUUUAAACGUAGGCAUGAAGAGCUGUGCCCCAGUCUCAAACCAGUGUUGGAGAUCCUUCAGAUCGAGUUCCGUUUUAUUUAUAUAUUAUUUAUGUAUAAUAUAUUCAUUAAUGAAACAGCCUCUUCUGAAUAUCCUACUGAUCAUUUCUCUUUGCACAGUAAAUCACUAAAAAUACAAGCAUGUCA